CAUCGCGUAACGCGCAGGAGUGGAAUGUUCCCUCACACAGAGGCACAACUAGAGAGAAACGAACGAAAGAAACCGGGGAAAAACGUUAUCGAAAGCUGGAGAAAAUCUCCUAAAUCCUCACCACGGAAAGUCUCUGUAAUACACGUUUUGAAGUAGACCUUCGUCACGAAUCGUAAAUCCUAAUAUGAAAGGAUUUUGAGUUGUUUGACUGGCUUCGUCAAAUAGGAGCUUGUGGCUUUGCUCUGUGAUCUGCAGACAGAAGACUUUUAAUGCUGAUACUCAUGAUUACCCUUCAUCAUCAUGUGCUGCCACACUUGCUACCCUGUGAGGUCCUUAAACAAGAGAAGGCUGUAAAGAGGCCUUGAAGUCAUCAUCACAUCACAAACUCUUCGUCAGUCUACUCACCUUCACACCUAGUUGGUGUCUUUGUUUGUCUCAAAAGUGAGAGUUCAGCACGAGCAAGACAGCUAUAUAAUUUCAGAUCUCAACCAACAUGAUAAAAAGCACCUCCAUGGUCAUCGUCUUUGGUGUUUUGGGAGCUGCCGUCCUUCUCUCACCGUCGGCUGAGGGCGGGCAGAACCCAGACUACAUGCUUCACGGCACUGGAGUCAAGCCCGGAUCGGAUCCAAAGAGACCCCAGGCAGGGGAUGGGUCCACCGUAGCCCCAGAGGAUGCUGCCCGCUUCCUUAGCUGCUACUGCUCAGGCCACUGCCCCGAAGAUGCCACGAACAACACCUGCGAGACGAACGGCCAGUGUUUUGCUAUCAUAGAGGAGGAUGAGCAUGGCGAGGCUAUCCUCACCUCUGGCUGCAUGAAGUAUGAGGGCUCUCACUUCCAGUGCAAGGACUCUCCUAAUGCUCAGACCAGACGGACCAUUGAGUGCUGUUCCACUGAUUUCUGUAAUAGAGACCUUCAGCCCACACUUCCACCUCCUAUUCCAGGAAAUCCUCCGUUAUGGAAUGCCCACUUGCUAGCCUUCAUGAUCUCAGUGACAGUGUGUUGCUUCACUUUGGUAGCCAUAACUGUGGUUUGUUACUACAGGUAUAAGCUGCAGACGGGACGGAGACGUUACCAGAGAGAUCUGGAGCAGGAUGAGGCCUUCAUCCCUGCAGGAGAGUCUCUCAAAGAUCUCAUUAGUCAGUCCAGCACUGGCUCUGGUUCAGGGCUCCCCCUGCUGGUCCAGCGAACUAUAGCUAAACAAAUUCAGAUGGUACGUCAAAUCGGGAGGGGGCGGUAUGGAGAAGUGUGGCUUGGUCGCUGGAGAGGAGAAAAGGUGGCAGUAAAAGUGUUCUUUACUCGUGAAGAGGCUAGUUGGUUCAGAGAGACUGAGAUUUACCAAACGGUGCUCAUGAGGCACGAAAAUAUACUUGGCUUCAUAGCUGCAGAUAUUAAGGGCACGGGUGCGUCCACGCAGCUUUUCCUCAUUACGGACUACCACGAGAACGGUUCUCUCUAUGAUUAUCUGAAAUACACCACCCUGGACACACAGGCUCUGCUGAGGCUGGCCUAUUCUGCAGCCUGUGGCCUGUGCCACCUCCACACAGAGAUCUACGGCACGCAGGGCAAACCUGCCAUCGCUCACAGAGACCUGAAGAGCAAAAACUUCCUUAUAAAGAAGAAUGGCACCUGCUGCAUAGCUGAUCUGGGCCUGGCUGUGAAAUACAACAGUGAUACCAAUGAGGUGGAUGUCCCUCUGAGCACAAGGAUGGGGACACGGCGGUACAUGGCACCAGAGGUCCUGGAUGAGACUCUAAAUAAGAACCAAUUCCAAGCAUACAUAAUGGCUGAUAUUUACAGCUAUGGUCUCAUUGUUUGGGAGAUGGCCCGCCGAUGCGUGACAGGAGGUAUUGUUGAGGAGUAUCAGCUGCCAUACUGGGACAUGGUACCUUCAGAACCGUCCUACGAAGACAUGAGGGAAGUGGUAUGUGUUAAAGUCAUGCGGCCAGUGGUGUCUAAUCGCUGGAACAGUGACGAGUGCUUACGGGCCAUGCUAAAGCUCAUGUCUGAGUGCUGGGCACACAACCCAGCCUCUCGCCUCACAGCUCUUCGAGUCAAGAAAACACUCGCCAAAAUGGUUGAAUCACAGGAUAUCAAAAUAUGAUCAAUUUUCCCUCCAAUGGCAAUCUGAGAGAAAUCAUGGAGAUAUCGAUGCUCACUUUUAUGACUUAUUGCCUCAGUUCCUAAACAGAGCUGUGGGAGCGCUGCUAAGCAGAACAUUUGCCUCCCUGUAUACCUGUAAUUCGUCGCCUGGUUGCAGUAAUGCUCUUUGUGUCAUGUAGCACCCUCUGCUGGACAGUAUGUGCCAUGACAGACACACUGGGAAAUAAGGACAUCAGUACACACAUCAUCCCCAUCGCCACCAUUUUUCCUUCUUCAGGCACUCUUUUAUAUAUUGGGUGAGAAUUGAAGAGCGUAUGGUGCUUUCUGUGAAAGCUGUGUAAUACGAUACGUCUGCAUGGAGGAGUGGCAUGAUGCCAGCAGUAAUGGAGCCGUGUGGGAGUAGACUUGAGGAUUGACCCUCUGUUAUUGACUGACUCGGGAGGCGGACAUAUUUGGGUUGAUAUUCAGACUAAACCCCCAACCGUAUGCUUGGGAUAUGCUUAAGUUCAAGCAUGAACGCUCCCUAUUUAAUUCAAAUGACCCCCACAUUAUGAUAUAUGUAUCAAAAAAAAAAUGUCCCGUAAACUACAUGUUGAUAUUUUACUUAAUAGCCUUUUUUGAAAAAUGAUUCGUUCAGCAGCUUUCCUUUCUGAGAAUUUGUCCAGUAGAGAUUCAAAUACAAAACUGAGUGUUAGCAGCAAUAAGAUAUUCUAUUUGAAACCUUCCCGUUUUGUGAAGACUGGGAAACAUAUUCACUGUUACGAAUCGAACGUUUAAGUGUGAUGACCGGAGUAAUUUGAUCAUCACCCCUUGUUUGGCCUGAAGAACUGAAGUAUGACUGGACAAAUAUUGCCAACACCGCUGCCGUAUAAGAUCUGUUCAUCUAGAAGAUACGGUGAUUUGAUUUUCAAUCUGUCAGAAUGGCAGCUAUGAUCUGGCUUAUCGCAGGUGUGUGGUGUGCAGAUGUAUGCCCACAGCCGCGAAUGCUUCAUAAAUGUUGUUAUAUUAUAUCCAAUAGCCUUCAUCAGUGUCAGAUUGGAUUGCUGUUUUCAAUGCCUCAUUUAAACAGUGAACAGCCUUGAAUCUAAUGUUGUGAUGCUUGGGAAUCAUAUGACUCAAAUGUCUAAUGUGAUAGAAUAAUGCAAAUGCAUGUGCUAUUUAUUCACAUCAUGUCAUAUAGUAUGAAUUACUGUUGUAAGAUAUUUUUACUUGCAGGACUAUUAACACUGUUCUUAUAACUGACUUUCUCAAUAUUUUACAGAGCAGCUCAACCUUUCAAAUACUAAAUUUAUGGCUAUGAUAUGAAAUUCUACAUUUAAUAACUUCCUAUGAAAGUGUGGGUAAAUUAUCAUUAUUUGUCUUUGAUAUAAUGUUUAAAACUUGUCCCUUUGUCUGUAAUUUACUGAAAAGUCAGGACAGACAAUUUUAGUUCACCUUUCAUAUAUAUAAAAAUUAUUAGCACUUGUGGAAAAUACAGGUUUAACGUCAACCAGGGUACUUUGCCUUGAAAGACAAGCUUGUCAUUUCUGCAUUGAAGAUCAGGUUAUAUCACUGGGAUGCAUUUAAAUAAGUUGUUAUAGCAGACUGGGAAAUAUCAAUUAUACAGGUACAAAACCCUUUGCUUUGUAUUGAAGAUUCCGAUCUCCCGUUGCUUGUGUGUCUUUUCUUAUUGUUUGGGCUGCAGUUGUGCUCAAGCCUAUUCUGUCCAUUACAAUCAUGCCAGUUAGCGAAAAUCACAUUUGAACUCAUUAAGCUCAUCUGGCUAGAUAAAUGACUACACAAUGCUUUUGUCUUAAUUGUUUAAUGUGUAAGGAAACAUGUAAAAUUACUAAUAUAACCUUUUUUUUAAAUGUGCACAAUAUCUGGUUUUAAGAGAGGUGCCUUAUGUUUUCAAGAAAAUGUUCUGUACACAGAAUUAGUCCAAUGUAUCAUUUUUUUUUCUUUAAAGUAAAUUGCCUUAUUUUAGUACACAAA